UAAUCUGGACAUAAUGGAUUUAGAGGACAACAAGUGAAGAAUGACCAACCAAUGAUUCAUUCCUGAACCCCAGAACUGGAGGCCCAACACCAAAGGACCAAGCUGGAAUCUCAUGGACUAAAUCAGGAAUAUCUGCUCUAAAGAUGGAAUCUCUGUACUAAACUAGAACUCCAUGGACUAAAUAGGAAUAGUUCUUAAACCAGGAAUAUCAGGACCAAAAGCUGAAAUAUCACGGACUAAUUUAGGCAUUUCUGGACAAAAAUUGGAAUCUCUGGACUGAAUUUGGAAUUGCUGGGCUGAACUAGAAGUCUUUGGGUGAAAUCAGUAAUCUUAGCAACAUGACAGUUUUUUUCUGUGAUAUCUGACUGACUAGCGUAGAUUAUGUGUGUGUUGUAACAGGCUAGUCACUAGAUGGCUAUGCUAGAGAGGUGACAAUAUUAUCAACACAUUGACUCUGGAGGAAGUACUGCCAACAGUGAUGGAUGGAAGUUAUAAUCAUCAAAUCGGACAAAUGGAGGGGAUGCUGUGCCCCAGGAAGAAGCUCCUCACCAGGGAUGCGGAUUUCUCUGCCAUCGCGGUGCCGUCGAUGCGGGGGUCUGGGUACCUGGACUACACCAUAGAGACCCACCCCUCCAGAGCCCUGCAGGCCAUGGAGGACUUCAGAAGGCACGAGAUGCUGUGUGACAUCACCCUACACGUCACCUAUAAGGACACGACCGCCGACUUCAAGGUGCAUAAAGUGGUGCUGGCAUCCUGCAGCCCAUACUUCAAAGCCAUGUUCACAAGCAGCUUUAAGGAGUGCCACGCCUCCGAGGUGACUCUACGUGAUGUCUGCCCCCUGAUGGUAGGGAGGCUCAUUGACUUUGCCUACACCUCACGCAUCACCGUGGGGGAGAAGUGUGUGCUGCACCUCCUACUGGCCGCCAUGAGGUACCAGAUAGAAGACGUGGCUAAGGCUUGCUGUGACUACCUCACUAAAAACUUGGAGCCUGCCAACGUGAUCGGCAUCGCUCGCUUCGCUGAGGAGAUUGGCUGCACCGAGCUGCACCUGAGGAGCCGCGAGUACAUCAACACACACUUCAACGAGGUAACCAAAGAGGAGGAGUUCUUCAGUCUGUCUCACUGUCAGCUGUUGGAGCUCAUCAGCCAGGACAGCCUCAAGGUGCUCUGUGAGUCAGAGGUGUACAAGGCUUGUACAGACUGGGUGCGAUGGGACGUGGAGAGCAGAGCUCCGUAUCUCCACGCCCUCCUCAAUGCUCUCCACGUCUACGCUCUGCCUCCCAAGUUCAUCAAGAUACAGCUCCAGUCCUGCCCCAUCCUCAGCAAGGCCAACUCCUGUAGAGACUUCCUGUCUAAGAUAUUCCAGGAAAUGGCGUUGAGGAAGCCCCUCCCCCCUGCGCCUCACCGUGGAACACAGCUUAUCUACGUAGCCGGAGGGUAUCGGCAGCACUCUCUGUCUUCUAUGGAGGCCUAUGACCCUGGUAGGAACGUCUGGCUGAAGCUAGCUGACAUGGGCUCUCCCUGCAGUGGCCUGGGCUCCUGUGUGCUGUUUGGCCUGCUCUACACGGUGGGAGGUAGGAACCUGUCCCUACAGAACAACACUGAGUCCAGCUCCCUGUGCUGCUACAACCCCAUGACCAAUCAGUGGAGUCAGCACGCUUCCCUGAACACCCCCAGGAACAGGGUGGGGGUGGCCGUGGUGGACGGGAGCAUUUACGCCGUGGGGGGGUCCCAGGGAUCCACACAUCAUAACACUGUGGAGAGGUAUGACCCAGAGGCGAACCGCUGGGUGUUUGUGAGCCCCAUGUCAGUAGCCCGUCUGGGGGCAGGGGUAGCAGGUUGCGCGGGGUCUCUGUACGUGGUGGGGGGGUUCGACGGCCAGAACCGCUGGAACACAGCAGAGAGGUUCCACCCCGAUUCCAACACCUGGCACCAACUGGCCCCCAUGACCACUGUACGCAGUGGACUGGGUGAGGUGUGUGUGGACUCGUAUGCAGUAUGCAGUAGGAGGGUAUGACGGUCAUGCUCAGCUCCAUGGAGAGGUACAGUGUAACCAGAGAUGUGUGGGAGCCAGUGGCCUCCAUGCAGCACUGCCGCAGCGCUCACGGGGUCACCAUCUACCAGGGACGCAUCUUCAUACUGGGUGAGUCUGGAGAAACCUGCCAUCUCUCUGGAGAGUUUGGCCAACUUUAGAACCAGAUACCAUGUUGCUCCUCCUGAGCCUUGGAUUCACUCAUCCUGUUUCCCUUUCUCUCCUCCUCCCUCCCUCCCUCCUGCCUCCUGGUGGUUUUAAUGCCACAGGGUUUCUGUCCAGUGUUGAGAGUUACUGCCCUGACACCAGCCAGUGUUGAGAGUUACCGCCCUGACACCAGCCAGUGUUGAGAGUUACCACCCUGACACCAGCCAGUGUUGCUAGGACGCAGUGGAAUGGCCGCCGCAGUAACAAUGGAGCCCUGCCCUGGCAACCUGCCCGAGGAGGAAGAAGAGGAAGUGACAUAGAGUUAGAGCGAGGAGACAUGACUCAUCAUAACUCUUUUUAUAUCUGACUCAACAUGGCGGCAGAGCAGGACUUGUUGCAAUAGAAUUAGAAUGAGUAGAAAGGACAAAGCUCUUAGAUCACUUUUAUCCAAAGCCACAAAGUUUGCAUUAAUCAGGAAUGUCUGUUCUGAUCAUUCUAAUUCUAUGUGGAGUCAGUAGGAAGUGGACCAGGGGGAGGAAGUGACCUCACAAUGACUUCAAAGUGACCUCACCAUUAUUAGGGUGCUACAGACAUAGAGUUAGGAGUUAGAAUACUAGAAUGGACAUGAACCUUCGUAUGAUGCCAUUAUAAGACACAUUGCCUGAAUCACUAAAUGGGCUGUCACUCCCAAACAGAAG